ACAUCAGAGCCAGGCGGACUUGGACACUUUUCUUUUCUAACCGGCAUGCACCUCGCGGUGAUCACGGGUGAUCGGUUCUGCGCAGAUUUUGGGUGUUUCUCAAACGGAAGGCUGCAUCCUACAAAGGUUGCAUAUCUCGGCUGCCACGUCAUCAAACGUCGCUGAAGGCCAUCUCAGUCGGAAGGAUCCUUGGAAGACAGCCUUCGUUUCGCGUCCUUCUUUCAGCUGAAUAUGAAGGAUGCAUGGGAUGUAUCCUCCGCGACCUUCAAUCACCCACAAUCCUUUGUACCCAUUCCAUUUCAUGAAAAUAAACUGACGAAAAACGAGUCAGUACUGAGCUUGUCUGAAUUUAUUAUGAAAUCUAAGACAAAAAUAAUGUUUUCGGACAUGAAAGGAUAGAUGUUAUCUUUUGUUUUGGUGUAAAUUACUUACUAAACGCUAAACUGCCAAUAAUUUAUGCCAGGGAGAUCGUAGAUGACGGUUUUUCAUUGUAUUGCAUUAAUAGAAAGCCAAAUAAUAUAAAGAUUUGUAAUACAAAGUUUUUUUUCUCCAAAACUAAGUUUUAGUGUUUUUGUGCCGUGACGGUAAGGGCGGGAACAUAUGUGACGUAGCCACGCGCACUUACUAGAGCGUCUCAUUCUAGCGUUUAUAUGCCGAUGAGGACGAGUCUAGCCUACAAGACUCUGAAGGACUGAACUAGGAAGGACGCAGCCUCGGUAGGAUCCAGCCUUCCGUUUGAGAAACACCCUUUGCUCAUCUCAAACAAGCCACGUCCGUUGACGAUUUUUACGUCACGCAUAACAUAGCGGACUCUAGCUGACGCGGAAAGUAUAACAGAGGCUUUUUCUGAGACAAAAAUUUCUGACUGCUACUCCAUGCAAAAUAUGCAGAGCAGCCAGGGGGGCGCGAGGACUGGGAUUGGGAACCGCUGGGCUACUGUAUGGUUGUGAGAAAGGCUCAUUAGUAAUGGACAAUGAUAUACUGUGUAUAUGCACACGAACACGCUCUUCCCGAGCGUGAGGACUUUUAUUUUGACGGAACGCAGCGCAUUCGGGGAAGUGCAUCACGGCGCUGCGCAUACGUGACUUUCAGUUUCACUCUAGUUAUUACCUGUCUCCAGCGGGAAUGAGCGGUGGGAUUCCAUGGCCGAUAGCGGCCAGAUGAUCGUCUUUAUGUUCAUUUGAGUGUUUAAGUUGUGUGCGUCCAGAGAGAAAGUGUGAAUUACACCGUUAUUCGAGCUGAUUUCCGUUUGCUAAAUAGAGAAGUUGAAAUGACGAUGCAUACAAAAUGGACGCUAUGCGAAGUGCCGCAGUAUUUGAGUUCGCAACUAAUGCAUAGUGUAAUAACUUCUAUUGUUUAAUCCAUUCAUGAUGUUCCGUAAUGUACGGUUUGUUGUAUCUACAUGUUACAGUAUAGCCUAUAGUGUUGAGGUUUGGGGGAAGCCAGUAACUCUUUAUUACUGUGUAUGUUGUUGUUGGAACGUAAACAUACGUAUCUUGUGUAGUGUGAUAAAAGAAGAAUUGUUUAUUAGAAUAUGCCUUUAUUUGUUGCAGACCACACACACACCCUCAUCCACUCAUCCAAGUGGACGCUUACACUAGCUACCGACAUAAAGAACAAGACAAUACUGCUCUGCACCGGUACUCGUGCUCACCUUCUCUAUGCAAAGGAAGAACAUUUAUUAAUGCACCUCGUUACCUCCUGGCUCCACCUGUUGCAUAUGCUUAUAUCAAUAAACAGUUGAAAUCAUCCUCUUCUCCUCUCUGGUGUCUUAACCGGUGUUAUGGAUCAACUGGGGAUCGUGUUAACUGGGGACGUGCGCAUGCACGCUAAUAGUUUUACCUGAGUUUCCAGCAGAUGUUGGACCUCCACAGAUUCGUCAAAGGGAAUUUUCAACGGAACAGAUUUUAAAGCUUUCCACAUUAUUUGUGAAUGUUUGUAUCAUUAUUGGACUCUGUUGUUCCCCUGUCGAUGUUCCAAUGUAUCUGACGCGGUUUAAGGGAAGUUUUAAUGCGCUUUCAUUUCGCGUCUCAGACCACGCCCAGAUUAAUUUGUUUAGGCUACCUUCGUUUCAACAGAUUUUUCUAAUGACAGUUGUAAAUGCAUUAAAUAAGGUGUUUAAUUUUUAUUAAACUUGUAAUUUUUAUUUUACUUUUUAUUUUACUUGUAAUCUUGUGUAGGCUACUGAUAGCAUUUAUAUUCAACGUUGCAUUUCUCUUGUUAUAUUCUUAUGCAAAAAAAAAAAAACCUCCUUGCGCAUGUCCUAGAUAAUCCCUUGUUGAUCUUUACACCACCUUCAGAACGCAUAAACCAGGAAGCAGGAUUCUUCUUUCGUACCAGAAGAGUUCUUCUCCACAAUCCUUUAUAUGAGAAAUGUGAUGUAAUUUCCAGUAAGGGAGCAUAGUGCAUCGAUGCUCCCUGGUUUUUGUGGUGGGGUUUUUCAGAGAGCAAACACUACACUGGAAGGAUUUUGCGAUUGAGACUGCUCUUAAAAUGGCUCAAACCCUGAUCAGUGCACUGAACUAUGGAGCUCACUGAGACACCCAUUAUAUCAGCUCCUAAAUCAACUGCCUGUUCAACUGUUUCAAGUGGAGACAUGCAAUGUGUGAACUGAUACUGAAAGAAAUCUAAUCUUAGUAUCUUGGAUCUGAAUGAUUUACCAGUGAACCUGAAGACUCCACAGAGGAUGAGGAAAUCAAAAGAGCUUCAUAUUAAUUACCUCAACCAUCCUUCAUAUGUUGAUGAACUGAACCUCAGCAUACACCGACUUUACUGUGGAUUGCUUUUCUUCUUUCUGAACCUACAGAGUUUGAACCUACAGAGCUUGAUGGCAUCACAAGUUGGAGAGAAACCAAUGUAUCUAAGAUCAACAAUCCACUAUUUCAUCUAAUGUGUUGCUGAAUCCAUAACGGAGCUUAUGAAGUCUGGAGAAGAAACGUUUGACUCUGCUUUCAAAAAAACCUCUUGCACUUUAUGUGAACAUGAUCAAUUUAGGGAUCAUGUUAUUCAUUGCUGCUACUUUGAACUUCAAACUGUGUUUUAGUGCAUGUGCUCGUGCUGAAUAUGAGAUACAUGGAGAAUGCUGCCCCAUGUGUGCACCAGGAAACCGUGUUUAUUGGCAUUGUACUGUAGACACAAGCACAACUUGUGUUCCAUGCCCUGCAUCAACUUACAUUGAUGAACCCAAUGGGUUGGAUAAAUGCUUUCCCUGCUCUGUGUGUGAUGCAGGACUAGGUCUAAGAAUAAAGAAAACUUGCACACGCUCUGCAGAUACUAUUUGUGAGCCAUUGGAGGGAUUCUACUGCACUGAGCGAAAGAAAGACAGCUGUAGAUUUGCUGUGAAGCACUCUGAAUGUUACCCUGGACAAUAUGUCAAACAAACAGGAACAGCAUUUACUGAUACUGUAUGUGCUAACUGCAUGGAAGGGACUUACUCUAAUGGCUCUUUCACUGCCUGUCGACCACAUUCAAAUUGUGAGAUUAAAGGCCUUAAAGAAAUAAAACCAGGAACAAUGACAUCUGAUGUGGAAUGUGGGAAGUCAGUUCCAAUUAUUAUCAUUGUUGGAGUCGUUGUCGGAGUCAUUGUUGGUGUUUUGGUGACAGCUGUUGGGAUAAAAAUAUAUUGCAAAUUGAAACAGAAGAGACAGGCUUCUGACAGAAGUAUACAUUUUUGCUCCGUUCCAAUACCAGAGAGUGAUGGUCAGUGUGAACCAACAUCACCAGACUCAGUGACCCCUCUUAUAUUCAACACUAGUAGCCCUUUACAUCAAUCAGCUGCCUGUUUUGUUUCAAGUGGAGACAUGCAAUGUGUGACCUGAUAUUGAAAGAAAUUUAAUCUUGGUUUUAAGAAAUCCAAAAGUUCUACCAAACAACCUGAAGACUCUAUAAACAGCUGAUGAGCAAAUCUAAAGGGCUUCAUGUUAAUUACCGCUUCUGUUCUGUGGUGAAUGGUAAAUGGAAGAGCUGCAUGAGAGAUCAAUCCAAUCCAAGCACGCUCUCACUGUAAAGCAGGUCUUUAUCAUCCCUACCCACUAUACCCACCCAUCAUACUUGAGAUCCACUUUCCAUUGGUUGAACUUAAAAGACUUUGGAACUCAAAGAAAGUUGGAAAACACUGUAUCAUCAUUAUAGCGAAGCGAUUGGAUCCUGUUUGUCUUGGAACUUUUGCAAAGCAGCAUGGAAUGUCAUGGGGAUCACCUCACGUUGUGUUAUGUUGUGUUUGGGUUUGUUUGAAUUGAGAACACCUGCUCUAAAUAAAUAUAUGUGAUCUACUUUG